AUGAUGAAAUCAAUAUUAGAAACAACUAAACAAGUGUUGAUGCAAAAUAUUUCAAUUAUAGAAAAACAAAUAGCUCUUGAGGGUAUGAUUACUCAAUUAGCCCGUGAUAUCAAAACAUUACAAACUUUACACGAAAAUUUCAAGUCAAAUAUGCGAGAUCGUGGUCAUGAAUGGUGGCAGAAAGGAGCGACGCAAGAACUUGAAACUCUUUGUCCUGACAAAAUGGUCUGGUAUAGGAGUAAUUCCAAAUGGGAGGCGUUGUUUACUAAGAUCGAAAAUUCAAUUAGCACUGAAUCCUGCAAAUACUGUGAAAGUUCAGAAUCUGAAAUAACUGCUUGGAAAGAGAGCGAAGAAGUUCAAUGGUGUUUGAAAAACUUGGAUAAUAUGAUUGAAGAAGAAGACAAGAUGUAUCUUCAGAUAGUUGCAAAAAAAGUAUUUGGUCGACAACCUUCCCUAAACCAAUAUGCAGUAACACAGGCUAUUUUACAUAAUUUAUUCGAUCCCGAACUUGUCAAAAUUAAAUUUGAUGAAAAAUAUUUAACACGUAAAUUGAAUAUUUUCUUGUUUAACGGUGCUAUACUUG